AUGGCUUUUCUGGAGGAUGGGAACCACACUACAGUGACAGAGUUCAUUUUAUUUGGCUUAACAGAUGACCCAGUUCUUAGAGUCAUCCUCUUCACCAUCAUCCUGUGCAUCUACCUGGUGACUGUGUCUGGGAACCUCAGCACCAUACUUCUCAUCAGAGUAUCCUCCAAGCUCCAUCACCCCAUGUACUUCUUUCUCAGCCACUUGGCUUUUGCUGACAUAGGCUACUCAUCAUCUGUUACACCUAAUAUGCUUGUCAACUUCCUGGUGGAGAAAAAUACUAUCUCCUACUUUGGAUGUACCAUCCAGUUCAGCUCAGCUGCUUUCUUUGGGGGACUUGAAUGUUUUCUUUUGGCUGCCAUGGCUUAUGAUCGCUUCAUGGCAAUCUGUAACCCACUGCUUUAUUCAACUAAAAUGUCCACACAAGUCUAUUUCCAGUUGCUCCUCGUGGCUUACAUAGGUGGUCUUCUCGAUAGUUGUUCUUUUACUAUAUGCUUCUAUUCAUUAGUUUUCUGUGGACCCAAUGAAAUCAAUCACUUUUUCUGUGAUUUGGCUCCAUUAUUAAAAUUAUCAUGUUCUAAUGUCAGUAUAACUGCAAUGAUUCUCUCAUUUACAGUUGGAUUAGUUAUUGUGGUAACAAUGUUUGUCAUAGCCAUCUCUUACACCUACAUCCUCAUCACUAUCCUGAAGAUGCACUCUACUGAGGGUCGGCAGAAGGCCUUCUCCACCUGCACCUCCCACCUCACUGCAGUCACUCUGUUCUAUGGAACCAUUACAUUUAUUUAUGUGAUGCCCAAAUCCAACUACUCCAUUGACCAGAACAAGGUGAUGUCUGUGUUCUACAUGGUGGUAGUACCCAUGUUAAACCCCCUUAUCUACAGCCUCAGGAAUAACGAAAUUAAGGUUGCUCUGAAAAGACAAUUUGGUAGGAAAACCUUUCCUUAG